GUUCACAGGACGUUUCUUUUUUCUCUCUGUGCUUCUUUCUUUCUCUGCUCUCCAUCGUCUUUGUUUCCCUGUGGGAUUCCAACUCUCACCCCAACACUCUGCUCCUUCGCUCAGCUCAGGCCUGCUCGGCAUAGAGCGACGUUGUAGUUGGCAUGGCCUUUCAACGUCCUAAUCCUCUCCUCAUUCCUGAACUUGCUCGUAUGCUGUGCGACUUUGUUGAUCAGAGCGAUCUGUUAAAUCUUGCUUUGACCUGCAAGUUUCUGUUUUACCCAGCAUGCGAGCGCUUGUGGAAAAGGCUCAAUCCCCGCUCGUUAGUAGCGUUACGAAAAAUCAAGAACACAUUAGACGGCAAAUAUAAGCGUCCUUUUACUAUCAAUUACAGUGCCUUUGUAUGGGAGUUCUUAUGGACUGCAAGCAAUGAUCAGAGAGCUGCCCGCUUUGAGCGCGAUUUCUUCCAUAUCUUUCGAUUUCCGUUUCUGCAGAGACUGGAAUUUUCAUUUGCUGCAGCUCAAGAUGCCACUGUCGUGAAUAUCAUGGCUAACACUCGACACUUGCAACACGUUGAUUUUUCUCACUGCUAUUGCCUGACCACCGAUGCCAUCCGACCCCUUUUAACUAUGCCUCCAGGUCAACUCAAGACCCUCAUUCUCUAUGGCUGCGGCCAAAUAGACAGACGUGCUCUAGUUUACCUCAUUCAUCGGCAUGCCUCCAGUCUCACCUACAUUGGAUUGACUGACAUCAAUGACCACAUUAUGUUUGCCAUCCAAAAAUGCCCUCAACUGCAAGCGUUAGGCUUAGAACAUUGCUCUGAUACAGACUUGACCGAAGAUGCCAUUACACAAUUUUGUAAUAUCAUGAAAGCCAAGAAUAUGCGUCUCCAACAACUCCGAGUUCGCGAUAUUCAAAGCCUCACCACAGAGCAUGUAUGCGAUCUAGCUCGUACAUGUGCUGAUACACUCCGCCAUUUGGAUAUGAGUGAAUGCGUUAGGGUCUCUCAAACUGCAUUUUUAGAUCUCUCCACGUACUGUACUCGCAUAGAGACUUUCUCCAUUGGUUAUCAAGCUGAAGUCACAAACUGUGCCAUCUCGAAACUGUUACAAAACUGUAUGUCCUUAAAGAAUCUUGAUGUCGCAGGAUGUUUUAAACUGUCCAGUGAAGCCUUUCAACCCAUUUUGGACGACGAGUUGACCUUUGUACCUUCCUUGGAAACCCUCAAUAUAACUAAUCUGGAAACAGAAAUUUCGUCUUCAACCGUGAUCAAUUUGUUGAAUCGUCUUAGAGCCAUACGAGAGAUUACCCUUGGAGUUGCUUACGACCUGUCAGAAGCUAACAAGAUUGUUCAUCAUGUUAAUGCUGUCAGACGGUUUAUCGUUAAUGAUGAUGUUGAUGAUGGCUACCAUGACCUAGCAGACGACCUAUUCUUUGUCGAUGUUGAGCAAUGCCACACCAUACGCAAGCUCUUGCAUGAAUGACACUCCCCAUAUAUACACCCCUCUCUCAUACUCGCACACACAAACUCACAUACACACACAACCCACCAUUUACUCCUCCUACAUGUAUACACACGCUUCC